CGAAAGAUUUAUAAUAUAUCAUUAUUUGAUUGUUGACUUAUAAAUUAUUUAAUUCUUGUAAUAUUUUGAAAUUUCACGCAUAAUGUUUAUGUUGAUAAUAUUUCCAUGAUUUUAUGGAAAUCAUGAUUAGCUGUGGACUGUUUUAAAUGAUUUAAAGUUGUAUACAGCGAAUUUAUUACCAAAGCAAUACUUCAAUCUGUUUUGGUCCCAGAGUAGUACGACUACUAGUACUGGUACUAGUUCACCUUCAAAGUUGAAUUUCAUGCAUUAUUUCUUAUGUUGUAUAAGUUCAUUUAAAAUUGCAUGUAUGAUGUUGCUACACGUAGAAUACAGAAUAGGCAACUUAAGUGAAAUGCUACAAAUUAUAAUGCUAGCCAAAACUGAUUUAGGCUUAUUAAGUUAGACAAGUGUUUUUUAUACAUAUAAUUUAUAAGUUAUAAUGCAUUGGAGAAGCAGUUGGUUGUGAUAUUGUAUUGUAUCACCAAUAUUAAUGUUAUUGUAUCAGUGAUAAAUUGAUAGUCAUUUUUUUUCUAUGAACGUGAAACCAGUUUUUAGUUACAUUUGAUAGUGUGGAUCGUUAUGAACAUUUGAAAAACUCAUUAGGUUUAAUGAAGGAGGAAUAAAUUGAAUUCUUGAUUUGAAGUCAUUACAAAAGUAAAUAAUGGAUUCAAGUCCAACCUCAUCAAACUCCUCUAGGCUUUCACCAAUGCAAGAAACUGUUUAUGGGACUAAUAAUGAUGAUAAUCAUGUUGUUGUAUCUGAAAAGGUGCAAAACCUAGCUGGAAGUAUAUAUCAAGAAUUUCAGAAAAUGAUUGCAAAGUAUGAUGAAGAUGUAGUGAAAGAAUUAAUGCCACUUACAGUAAAUGUAUUGGAAAGUUUAGAUUUAGCAUACAUGGAAAUUCAAGAACAUGAAGUCGAAUUAGAACUUUUGCGUGAAGAUAAUGAACAGUUAAUUACACAAUAUGAAAGAGAGAAGCAGCUUAGAAAAAGUUCAGAAAAGAAGCUUCUUGAAUGUGAAUGUUCAUUAGAUGAUGAUCGUCGAGAACAAAUGGAGAAGAUAGAAAGCUUAGAAUCUAUUGUUAGAAUGUUAGAAUUGAAGUCAAAAAAUGUGUCAGAUCAUGCUGUUAGAUUAGAAGAUAAAGAAAAUGAAAUGAAGAAAGAAUACUCAAAAUUACACGAGAGAUAUACAGAGCUUUUUAAAACUCACAUGGACUACUUGGAAAGGACGAAAAUUCUUUUGGGAAGUGAUAGAUUGGAAAAUUUGUCAAACAAACAAAGACUUGGUUUUCAUCUGUCCCAUGUGAAAUCUGGAUCAUCUUUUUUCAAUAUGAACUUGGAAAAUGAUUCCAUAAAAACAAUUCACAGUCCUUUAGGUUUUUCAAAUGUAAUUUCCCCCAACAGAAGUUUAAAUUCACAUAAUAAUCUUACAAGUGAACUACAGUCUACCUUAACAACUUACUGUGCGGCAGGAAUUCAAGAAAAUAGUUCACUAUCCACAAGUAAAGAAAUGUUGGACAAAAGUCAACUGACUGAGAAAAUCCAGCAAAAUGAUAGAGGCACAGCUACAAAAGGUGGUUGGAUUGAUGGGUUUGAUGAUGAUUUAUCAUAUACCAUCAAUACCACUCCAGGAUUGGAGGACAUUGAAGAUGUUUCUGAAGAUGUGAAUAUAGGAAAAGAACAAAUACUGAUAAAAAGGGAACAAAGAAGACCUAACACGUUGUAUCAGGAACUUCGGUUCCAUGACACAGAUGCCCUAGAAGAAGUAGAUGAUGGAGGUGAUAUUUCAGGUGGAUAUGUUCAUCCAGGGGAAUUUGCAUCUGCUGACAGUGACAGUGAAACAGAGAAUGAACAGUCAAGGAAGGGUGAGAAAUUUACUGACAACUUUUUUGGUAUGGGAAAGGAAGUGGAAAACCUGAUCAUGGAAAACAAUGAAUUAUUAGCUACAAAAAAUGCUUUGAACAUUGUGAAGGACGAUCUCAUCGCAAAAGUUGAUGAAUUGACUGGAGAACAAGAAAUUUUAAAAGAGGAGGUGAAAUCCCUUGAUUCUGUAAAAGAAAGACUCAUGCAGAGGGUGACGGAAUUAGAAGAAGAGUUAAAGAAAACCAAGGAAGACGUUGAGAAGAACAAAUCUGAUGAUGAGGAGGAUGUGCCUAUGGCACAAAGGAAGCGUUUCACCCGAGUCGAGAUGGCUAGAGUAUUGAUGGAACGCAACCAAUACAAGGAGAGACUGAUGGAACUACAAGAGGCUGUUAGAUGGACGGGAAUGAUCAGAGCAUCCAAGAGUGAACCAGCUGAGAGCAACAGAAAGAACAAAUCUUCUAUUUGGAAGUUCAAGAGUCAGGAAACUCAGAAGUAUUCUUACUACAACUUAUUUCCUUCUUCUUCUUGUCAAGACAUUUCUGUCAUAUUUGGUAAUUUAUUCAAUGCAUCAGAGAAGCCUCAGAGAAAACACAGCCCUUACGUAAAUGUUCACUAUAAUGCCCCCACUUCUCAUGUGACUCCGGCACUUGAUGCUAUGAGGAAAAAGCGAUUGGGUGACCGUCACAAGGGUCUAGAUUUCCUGGAUAGUGAUCUAAGAUCUGAGAAGCUACAACAGCAGCGAGCCAAAGAAAGAAGAGAACAGUACAAGCAAGUAAGAGCACAUGUCCAAAAAGACGAUGGUAGGAUGCAAGCAUAUGGAUGGAGCUUACCUUCCAAAACUAUUGUUCCUGGGUCUAAAAAUCAAGCAGGCAGUAGUAGUAGUAGUGAUACUUCCAAGUCCAAUUCUUCCAAUGUCCCAGUCCCUGUGCCAAUUUAUUGCCGUCCUCUCCUGGAGAAAGAGCCUGGAAUGAAGAUUUGGUGUGCAUCAGGGGUUAAUAUUACAGGUGGCAGAGCAGCAGAAGGAGGUACUGUCAUUGGGGCCAACAUAUGUCAUUCUUCUCCAGGUGAAAAGUCAGCUGUUUCAAGUGCAGAGACUGUUUCUGUAAUAGACAAACUUGAUAAUGAAUUAAAGGAAUAUGAAAAAGAGUAUCACAAAAGUGAAGAGAAUCUUUCUUCUCUGGUAUGGAUUUGUACAUCAACCCACUCCAGUAGUAAAGUAACUGUGAUUGAUGCUAAUAACCCAGCUGACAUCCUAGAGUCUUUCCAUGUUUGUUCCUCUCAUCUCCUGUGUAUAACCAGCGUGCCUGGAGCCAAGGAAACUGACUAUCAGAUGGAUGAAAAGUUGAACAAUCUACCUCAGAACAAAAAGGUUGUGAAAGUAAAGGGAAAGGUUUCUUGUAUAGCUCGCAAUGACAAAAAAGGAGAAAUCAAUAGUAGCUCUAGUAAAAUUGGUAACAUCACAUUUAUUAGUUGUGAAACAGGAACAGCCUCCAACAAAAGUCAACCUACAGAGUCAUCUCCACAAGCAGAUAAAGAGGAGGACAAAGAAAAUUCCUCAGCAGUCCCUCCUCAGAUGGAUGUUACCAGAGAAGAUGUCACUCUGCAAGUAGAUGGUAAAAAAGAAUUUGGUCAACCAAAACAAAGUUCACAAUCAGAUCUUGCCAAACAUAGUAUGCCAGCAUUACCCCAACAGAACCAGAAUGCUAAUGAUCAAACUGAGAAAAUGUCAAGUGUGUUGCCAACAAUGUGGUUAGGAGCACAGAAUGGCAGCAUUUUUGUUCAUUCUGCUGUGACUCAGUGGAAAAGGUGUAUUCAUUCUGUACAUCUAAAAGAUUCUGUGUUGAGUAUUGUUCAUAUCAAAGGUAGAGUUUUUGCUGCUUUGGCAGAUGGAACGGUUGCUGUUUUUCAUAGAGCCCAAGAUAGACAGUGGGACUUGUCCAACUAUCACGUGUUAGACCUAGGUCAGCCUCAUCAUUCAGUUCGAUGUAUGGCAGUAGUGUUCAGCAAAGUCUGGUGUGGCUAUCGUAACAGGAUACAUGUUGUGAAUUCAAAAUCUUUGAAAGUUAUUAAAUCAUUUGAUGCACAUCCAAGAAAGGAAAGCCAGGUGCGACAGAUGGCACGUGUUGGUGAAGGGGUGUGGGUGUCAAUCAGACUAGACAGCACUUUACGGCUGUACCAUGCUCACACCUACCAGCAUCUGCAGGAUGUCGAUGUAGAGCCUUAUGUUAGCAAGAUGUUGGGUACUGGCAAGCUAGGAUUUUCUUUUAUUCGUAUCACAGCCCUUUUAGUUUCUUGUAAUCGCCUCUGGAUGGGAACAGGCAAUGGAGUCACAAUAUCUGUACCUCUUUCUGAAGCAUACAAGCAGCCAGAAGUAGCUGAGACUGGAGGGAAAGCACCAGGUGGGAUGAUGGGAGUCUCCAGUGAUAGCAAUGAAAAUGUCACCUCGGAUAGCUUUAUCCCAUACUGUUCUAUGGCUCAAGCUCAGCUGUCUUUCCAUGGUCAUCGAGAUUCUGUUAAAUUUUUUGUAGCAGUACCAGGUCAAGGUGGAAUGAGUACAGCUACCACACUUGGUAAUGCUGGAGACAGUAGAAAAAACUCUGAAGGAGAUUCUGAAAGUUUAAAGUCUAAAUAUGUGCUAGUCAUCUCAGGAGGAGAAGGUUACAUUGACUUCCGCAUUGGUGAUGGAGCUGAUGAUGACAGGAAUUGUGCAGUGCUUAACUCUUCAGGGGAAAAGAAAAUUCAUCAUGGCCUAUCAAAAGGGGACAGAAGUCAUCUAAUUGUUUGGCAAGUAGCCCAUGGCUGAUAAGUGGAAACUUCACUCUACAAUCAUCAUGCUUAAGUUAAAUUUAUCAUUGUUAUUUACUCUCAACUGUAUCUUUCUUCCUGAUAUUUAUUCCUCAGAUAAAGUGAAUAUAAUGUUGCAUAUAAAUUGUGCUUACGGAUGUUUCUUUCAGAUAUUAUGAAAUUUAUAAAACAUUUAUAUAUAGAUUUAAAUUAUCAUUAAUAUUUAGUAAGAUGAACAUAAAUGUCAAAAUAUCUAGAAUUAAUGUAAAUGCAUUAACUAAGACCAUGGAAAUGUUCCUACUGGUUUUAAGUUGUUCCUUUGACUGUGUUUUAAAUAUAUUUGUAAGUUUUUUCCAAUUGGUGUAAAUGGUUCAUUUGCUUAUGUUUUGCUAAGAUAUUUGUUUAAUGCUGUGUUUAUGUGUAUGUCAGUAUAUGUAGGCCCCUAGUGGGUCAAAAGUAAGUUUACAGACUUACAAUGCCAAAAUCUGGGAAUUCAAUGGUGGACAUACAUGUUUUUAUAUGCCUACAGUUUAGUUUCAACAUCAAUGGGAAUUUUUAUUUAAUAUAUAUAUAUAUAUAUAUAUUUGAAAAUGUAAUUAAUACACGUAGUUUUUAUAGCUAGUUUAUUUUGCCGGUUUUGGUUUGCUACAUUUUAUUUUUUACUUGAACCAGCAUUGAUGUUGACCAUCUUACAUCUUUUGACAUUUCCGUAGGUGUUGUGAAUUUUGCUUAUGUACCAGUUUUUGUACUUUAUUUCUGAACAUCAAAAGUUACCUAGAAUUCUCUAAAGAUAAAGACAUCUGUAUUGAGCGAAGAUGAAUCAUGGAAAAAAUAGAGAAAACAAUGUAAGGAAACUACAAAGUCUAGAACUUGUCAAACUUCUGUAUUCAUGUUACUUUAAGGUAGUUUUCUCCCUCUUCAAUCUAUUACAUAUAAAGAUUGUAGAAAAGUUAGUUAUGUAUAAAUUGAAUUAAAUGUAUAGUUCAAGUGAUGAGCCAACAUAUGUUUAAAUUCUUUCUUAUACGUAUUUACCUUGGCAUUUUUGCUAAAUGUUGGAAGAGGUCCAUGAAAUUAUGUACAGAGAAAGAGAAUUUCAUAGUACUGUCUUUUUGUCAGUAAAUAAAUUAUUAAUUAGCAAAUAUAAAAGUAUUGUUUUUAAUAAUUUCACUUAUAAGUGACACAGCAAGAAAAAAAUAUUCACCAAAUAAAAAAAGCUAACUCAUCUACAGUUUUUAAAAAAAGGUGGUUGUUUUUGCCUCAAAUAUCACCCAAAUAGCCAAAAAUAUCACCCAAAUAUUUGGCUUUCAGUCAUUUUUAUUUUUAUUACACCAGUUUGUAGACAAGAAAUUAAAAAUGUAAUAAAUUUAGUUUCACAUCCAGAAUAAUAUUUUCUAUAAAUUGGUGAAAAUAUUGCAAAGAACAUGUUUUUUUAGUAUACGUUAAUACAGCCUCUUACUUUCUGAAAAAUAUCACAAACCAAUAACUUGCAGUGAAAUUAACGUAGAAUUCUGAAAGGGAACAUGCUCUAUAAUUAGCCAUUUUAUUAAUUAGUGUAAAAAAUGAUAAAAACAUAACAUUUAUAUAGGUUAAAGAUGAGGAUAAAAUAUGUGAUAUUGUAAAAACUUGUAAAUAUGGUGAGAGGACACACGAAAAGUUUUUAAAAGACAACUUAUUCCAUAAAACAAGGGCAUGAAUUUCUGUUAUUAUGAUAAACUUUGACCACUUAAUGAAGCUUAAAUUCACAUUAUAUGAACCUUAAAACAUGAUCGUUAAUAUUUUAUAUAGAAUAUAGCUAUUUAAAAGUUUCUGAUUGAGAACACAAUGGAGAUGUUUGUGUAAGUCUGAGUGUAAUCUGUCUGAUUACUAUAAAAAAUGUGUAUAAAGAAAGUUUAGUAAAAUAUCAAACCCUGUAUUCAAGUUUUAUAAAAAUCAUUGUGGAACAUAUUUUGCUUUAUUUCUUUUUGUCAUUAUAACAUAAUCAGGCAUUUGGUCCUUCAAGGAUGUUGUUGCACACCCACCCUUCGAAAAGUAAAAAAUUUAAACCUACCCUUAAAUUUCUGUAAAGUACUGGCCUCCACUACUUAUAAUGGCACCUUAUUCCAUAAGCCAUUCAUUUGUUAGAAGAAUAAAACUGUCCUAAUUAGAACCUAGUCUGUCUUUUCUAAAUCUUCAGCUUAUGUCCUUUAAUCCUGUUAUUUUCAAAAUAUAGUAUAAAGAAAUCAGAGAUAUUUAUUUUUCUGAUCCUCCAGAUAAUCUUCUGAACUUCUUCAGUUGGAUCAUCUCUUAUCCUUGUUUUCUCAAGAGAAGAAGCUUGGCAUGGCCAGGUGGUUAGAGUGCUUGACUUG